CACGUUACCAAUGGCAACGAACUCCAAACAAUCCUCUGUAUGUAAAAGAAGAGCAAGCAUAAUAUUCGAACCUACAGAAUCUAGAGUCAUUCACUUUGUUUUAUGAAUGUGAGGAGAUGAGCUCACCACUUUCAAUGUUGGGGAAAAACCGACGGGUUCAUCUUCCUGGGCCCAUGAACCAGCAAGGGAGAAGAGUGCCUUUGAAGGAGAAUCCAUUUGCAGGUAUGGAAUUAAGAAUAUGAAGCUACUCUGCUGAAUGAUGUAUCUACUUUGAAUCACCCUACGCCUCAAGCUCAAGCCACUGAUAUUGCCUGUCCUUCCAAAUCAAAGGGCACACAAAGGAAAAGCAACAGCUGUUGUGCACCCCCUAGUGAUUUUGAGCUGAUGUCCUCCAUGAUGCAGAGGCUGAACCUGCUGGAGACCAAGGUGAAGACCCAAGCCCUGGACAUUGACCACAAGGAAAAAAUUAUUACAGUUCUGGAGGAGAAAGUGAAGCUUCUUCAGAAGUCAAAAGAGAAAAACAGUGAUAGGAGCAGAGAGGAUGAUCUCAUAAGAACAUGCCACAGGCUUCAGGGCCAGGUAUUGGAGAUGGAGCGGUUUCUGAACGACUACGGCAUGAUCUGGGUGGGGAACGGAGAGGAGUGCGACACAGCCAGUCAACAGGAAGUAGAGGAAGCUGAGCAGACCCAGAGCUCCGAGAGAGGGGUGUGGCAGCCAGAGACCUCUGUGGCCAGGAGGAACUUCCAGAUGAACUUUGACCUGGUGCUCCAGAACAUCCAGCAGUUGAACAUCCUGGCUGGAGAAGGAGAGUCCUACAUCAGGGCCACGUCCAGAGGGGCACAGCUGGCCCAGCAGCACCUCAUCCCACUGCAGCUCUACAGCAAUGGCAUCUUCAUGUUCAAUGGGCCCUUCCGCUCUUACCAGGAAGCCAGCACACAGCAGUGCAUGCAAGACCUGAUGGACGGAUACUUCCCUUCUGAGCUACAGGACAGGUUUGCAGAUGGGGUGCCCUUUCAGGUUCACGACAGGCGAGAGGAGGAGUUCAAAGAGAGGCGACCGUGGGCGGAGUUCCCUGGGAAGGGGCAGGCUGUUGUUGGAGGCACAGAGGGGGAGAAAUCAACAGACAGCUUAGGACACGCCUACUGUACACUCUCUCAGAUACCCGACAGAAAACUGACAAUGGACCAGUUCCUGAACAGGCUUCCCAAGGUCGUAGUGAAGGCUGGUAGAGUGAUUGACAUCAGGGACUCACUGAAAGCCAGUCUACAGGGCUCUUCUGAUGCUCCAAACAGCCAUGCUGUGACCCUCAUAGACACACCAGUGCUACAGGCCAUGAAAGAGAGGUUGGAGUUGCAUGAGACUGAUCCCCCCACCACGGCCCGUGAUGUCACCACACUGAGGGUGAAGUCAGAGGAUGGCGAGCACACCUACGUCAUGAAAAUGCGCUUCUCUGAGACCAUAGGUCACCUGCGCCAGUAUCUGGACAAGCACAGAUGGACAGAUACCCCAGCGUAUGACAUCAUCAGUGCGUUCCCACAGCGCUGCUACAGUGAGGAUUCCCAGACACUCCUCUCCUGUGGGCUCACUCCCAAUGCUGCGCUGCUUCUUAGGACUAGGCCAGCCCCACCGCAAUGACAGAGAACAACAAUCGCCCUGUCACUCUCAUGGUUAUAAAAUAUUUACUUUCAUAAACAUGUAUAUUCAGCUCUGAUAGGGAUGUGGCACUGGAGGGCGCCAACACUUACAAAACUAUCUUUUUCAGGAUCAUCAUGACAUUGGAAAAAUCCUAAAUUCCAUAGGAAUACAAUAACUUGCAUAAUUAUUGAUGCUGAUGCAGACAAUUCACCUUGAACCAUGACUGCUUAAAAAGGUAGAGUUAGCUAAAUAAUGUUGCAUGAGCAGCACCGCAGAUAUUGCGAUGAGCAAGACUUCGCUCUCAGUCACACUCAGUAUCUGCACAUGGGCACGGGAUCGCUUCACGCUCUUACAACGUGGUAGCCAAGGGACCAAAACAGCAGAGCCGUUUAGCCUCGCGCUUCAAUGCUCUUAGCUGUUGCGGAACAUUGACCCACUAUGCGGUUUGCUUUGUGCAUCUACGUCAUAUCACUGACUCAAAUGUACGUUUUUUCAAACAAAGUAAAUUACAAUUCAACAUAUGGGGGGAAAAAAUAUGUAAAUACAAUUAAGGAUACAAAUAUAUUAAAAUAAACAUUUUAAUUUUCGCAAAACAUUUGACAUAAGGCAAGUUUGUCUAACUUUGUUAAAGCUCAAAUGAGGACUCACAUUAGUCUCAUCUAGACAAUGUUAGACAUCCAAAUGUCUGUCCCCACUUAGUGUCAUGAUGUUCAUCAACUGAAGGAUAGCAUUUGAUGUGACAUUUCAUCAAUAAAUUAAAUCACUGUUUUUUGCUCUUCAAACACUGAAAAAAAUAAAAAUAAAAAAGGUUAGUGUCCAGUCAUGUCGCACAUUUUUUAAUGACAAAAUACUGACAUCCAUAAGUUAAGUUAUUAAUUUGAAACCAAACAUGUCUUGCUAUUAGAGGAUGGAAAGAAAAUAAUACUAUCAAUUGCAAGUACAGACAUGUUAAGGACAAAGUAGGCACAGGGACUCACAUGUUAGAUUACAGUAUGUUGCUCUGCAAGACUGAACAGACCCUUUACAACAACCAGUCCCACAAAUACAGUUAAGGAGUGUGUAAAAUGGCUUCAAUUCACAUCGUCACAGACCGUUAUCCACAUAACUAGCUGUGAAUGACAUAUCGUCUUCUUAGAGGACAACCCAUGAAGCAAUGUUUAAGGAAUGUAUGGAGAUGCUCUGUUGGCUGAAACAACAAAAGAGUUAAAGUUGAGAAAGAAAGCCACUAGAAAAUUUGCCUGGUAGUAUAUUGGCUUGCGUGGUGACGACAGCAAAAGCACAGAAAGGCACAAUUGAACAUCAAAGCAAGCCCACUACCUGAGAGAAAUACCUGCA